GGGUUAUCUCGAACUGCACACACAACUAAGCAAAGUUGCAAAUUCAAUUUGACCACGAUUGCGAGUUGCUAACAAGCAAAACACCAGGGUACAGAUCAUCUAAUUGUGCAGGAGAAAGCGAUUUUACAUCGAAUGAACGGAUUUUUCCUCUGAAAUGGGAUCGACAAACUCCACCCUGUCAAAAAUCCCAAAUGUCGAGGAAUUAAUGCAAGAAACUGGAUUCACGCCUGCGCACAUUGUUCGACUGUAUGACCGUUUUGAAGCGCUGGACAAAGAGGGGAAAGGUCACCUCCGGCCUCAGGAUUUUGGGGAGAUCAGAGAGCUGGCGAUGAACCCCAUCGGAGACCGGAUCAUCGCCGCCUUCUUCUCCCCCGGACAGGAAAUAGUUGACUUCCACUCCUUUGUGAAGAUCCUGGCCCAUUUCCGUCCGGUUGAGAAGAAGCGACCGAGAGAUGCAGGCGGUCCAGAACUGGUCAACAGCAGAACCAGCAAGCUGAAGUUUGUCUUCCAGCUGUAUGACCAAGACAAAGAUGGCAAGAUCUCCAGGAGGGAGCUUCUCCAGGUGCUGCGUGCGCUGUUGGAGAGCCAGGUGACGGAGGAGCAGCUGGAGAGUGUAGCUGACCGGGCCAUCCAGGAGGCGGACACAGAUCAGGACCAGGCCAUCUCCUUCGAAGAGUUCCGGAAGACUUUGGAGAAAGUCAACAUCGACCACAAGAUGAGUAUCCGCUUCCUGCGUUGAUGCCCUUUGAGGGCGUCACCUAAUUGGCUCCCUAGAGCCUCCCUAGGCUCUGCCCCUUCCUAUCCUGCUUCAUCUUGGUAGCCAUGGUUACCAGAUUCUCCUGAAUGCCAACAUUGCAUUUCCUGUCUUCACAGAACAGAGAUGCCAAUCAGCUUCUCACAGUAUGAUACUGUGCUGCUGACAAUGUGUCAGUGUCAGUAAAUGGGUAUUAAACGUCAGAUUUUACUCUGUAAGAGUGUGUAACUGAAGGCUUUAGACACUACGUUUUUUGUUUUGAUAUUGGGGAGGAGGAAUCCAUGCUUCUUAAACAGUAUGCUUGUUAUGAUGAGUAAUUAAUGUACUUACAUGUACUUUGGUAUUCUUGUAUGACUGGAUGAUGGUGUACUGUGGUGCACACAGUAUUUUACUCUGCCUUUUGAUGUAUAAGCUAAUCGAUUUUUUUCCAUGUAUGAACUUAAUAAAAUAAAAAUCUAUAUUUUCAUAU